CAACUCUCUCGACGUACGUGAGUGGCAGUGAGUUCGGUGGCUACAUGUGGAUAAUCCGCCGGUCGUCGUUGCGACUCCGAGUGACUGAUUCAGCAUUACUAUUUAUCUUAAAACGUGCACGACAAGUAACGAGCGUCCAAAAUGCAGAUGGAUCAGACGACGAUGCAGCUGAUACAGGUUUUAGAGAAGACUGUAUCACCAGACAAAAAUGAGUUGGAGGCAGCGAAGAACUUCCUGGAGCAAGCGGCCCUCACGAAUAUUCAUGAAUUCCUCCAACGUCUGUCAGGCGUGCUGGGCACGACAGCAGCGAGCACAGUGGCGCGCAUGGCCGCAGGUCUCCAACUGAAGAACCAGCUCACCUCCAAAGACCCAGCCGUAAAAGCCCAAUUCCAACAGCGAUGGCUGGCAAUUCCCGUCGAAACCCGAGAAUACAUAAAGAAAAACAUCCUAGGAGCCUUGGGUACCGAGACCAACCGUCCCAGUUCAGCAGCCCAAUGUGUCGCCUACGUAGCUGUAGCCGAGCUUCCAGUGAAUCAGUGGACAGACCUCAUUCCCCUUCUCGUCAGCAACAUAGCAGACCAGAACAGCACCGAAAUGAUGAAGGAAGCAACCCUCGAGACGAUCGGUUACAUCUGCCAAGAGAUCGACAGCGAAGUCCUCGUAUCCCAAUCAAAUCAGAUCCUCACUGCCAUUAUUCACGGAAUGAAAGGCUCCAGCACCUCGAACCACGUGAAACUAGCAGCGACAAGAGCCCUCUACAACUCUUUAGAAUUCACGAAAGGAAACUUUGAGAUUGAGUCAGAGAGAAAUUUCAUAAUGGAGGUUGUCUGUGAAACAACUCAGUCCACCAACACACAGAUACGAGUGGCAGCCCUGCAAUGUCUCGUGAAGAUCAUGUCCCUUUACUACCAAUUUAUGGAGCCCUACAUGGGCCCUGCACUCUUUCCAAUAACUCUAGAAGCGAUGAGAUCAGACAGCGAUGAAGUGGCUCUCCAGGGUAUCGAGUUCUGGUCGAAUGUAGCUGAUGAAGAAGUAGAUUUAUCCAUGGCUGAGGGUGAAGCCUCUGAGGGAGGUCGUCCGCCUUCAAAAGUAUCUCGUCAUUAUGCCAAAGGUGCACUGGUGUACCUCGUCCCAGUUUUGAUACAGAAGCUAACGAAGCAGGAGGAGUUCGACGAUGAAGACGACUGGAACCCCUCAAAGUCAGCUGGAGUUUGCUUGAUGCUUCUAGCGUCUUGCUGUGAGGAGAGCAUAGUCCCUCACGUACUUCCCUUCGUCAAGGAGAACAUAAAGAACCCAGACUGGAGGUACAGAGACGCAGCUCUGAUGGCUUUCGGAUCAAUCCUUGGGGGGCUGGAGCCAGCAACACUUAAACCUCUUGUUGAGCAAGCCAUGCCGACCCUGAUCGAGCUGAUGUACGACGUGAGUGUUGUGGUAAGGGACACGGCGGCCUGGACCUUCGGCAGAAUCUGCGAAAUCAUUCCUGAGGCUGCGAUAAACCCAACUUACUUGAAGCCUCUACUGGAAUCUCUAGCGAAUGGCCUCAAUGCUGAGCCCAGAGUGGCUGCAAACGUUUGCUGGGCCUUCACAGGCCUAGCUGAAGCUAGCUACGAGUCUGCUGAGGCUGGGGAUGACGAGCAGCCUGAGACGUACUGCAUGUCAAUGUUUUUUGAUUACAUCGUUCAGAGACUGCUGGAGACGACUGACAGGGUUGAUGGGGCACAAGCGAAUCUUCGGUCAGCUGCUUACGAAGCACUGAUGGAGAUGGUGAAGAACUCGCCUAAGGACUGUUAUGUUACCGUUCAGAAGACGACGAUGGUGAUACUGGAGAGACUUCAGCAGGUCCUGCAGAUGGAGACUCACUUCCAGAAUCACUCUGACAGGGCUCAGUACCAUGAUCUCCAGUCACUCUUGUGUGCAACACUCCAGUCUGUUUUGAGGAAAGUCACCCCUGAGGAUGCACCAAGGAUCUCUGAUGCUAUCAUGAAUGCUUUGUUAUCGAUGUUCAGUUCGAACUCUGGAAAGGUUGGGGGUGUGCAGGAGGAUGCGCUCAUGGCAGUGUCCACAUUGGUCGAGGGCCUUGGGGACGGUUUCCUCAAAUACAUGGAUGCUUUCAAGCCAUUCUUGUGUCUUGGGUUGAAGAAUCAUGCUGAGUACCAGGUCUGCGGAGCUGCAGUUGGACUCACUGGGGAUAUUUGUAGGGCUUUGAAGGGGAAAAUGCUGCCCUACUGCGAUGAGAUCAUGACGCUGUUGCUGGAGAAUCUGGGGAAUGAGUCGGUCCAUCGAUCUGUGAAGCCUCAGAUUCUCUCGGUCUUUGGAGAUGUGGCUCUCAGUAUUGGGCCGGAGUUCAAGAAGUACCUCGAUGUGGUACUCCAGACAUUGGCGCAGGCCUCUCAGGCCAAUGUCGACAGAACUGAUUAUGAUAUGAUUGAUUAUUUGAAUGAGCUGAGGGCGGGCGUUCUGGAGGCGUACACAGGAAUUAUUCAGGGUUUCAAAGGGGAGAAUGACGUCGCUGGGGCGCCCAAUGCUGAUGUGAUGCUGUUGGAGCCGCAUGUUCCAUUUGUCAUUCAGUUUAUCACGUCUAUUGCACAGGACAGGGAGCACUCGGACGAGGCCAUGUCUGCUGCUAUUGGGUUGCUUGGAGAUCUUGUCGUCGCAUUUGGAGCCAAGAUGCUACCCAUGGUGGAGACAGAACCUCUUACUGAGUUACUUACCAAGGGGAGGAGGGCCAGGGUCAAUAAGGCCAGGGCUCUCGCUGCAUGGGCCACUAAGGAAAUUCGAAAGGCCAAGAAUACUGCUAAUUCUACGUCGAGUUGAUCACCCCACGAAUGUACUCUCGUGCAAAUUGAUUUGACUAGAAACCUAUCGAACACAAUACAAAGACAACAAGAUUGGAUGGUGCGGAUGCGAGUAGAUGGAUGUGCGUGAGAUUUUCCCAGUAAAAAAGCGAGAGAGAAAGAGAGAGCGAGAGAGAGACAGAGACAGAAAAAAAACACAAAAAAAUGCAAAAAUGGAUGAUGAGGAUGAGGAAUACGAGGUGAUGAGAGAAAUGGUGAUUUAUUGAUGAUGAUGAUGAUGAUGAGUCUGCACGUGUUCUCCCUCUGGGCCCUUCCCCCAAGAAGUGUGUGUUGCGUCAGAAACUGAAAGAAAUAAAUGAGUAAACAAUUUAAUGAGGGAGGAACUGUGGUCCACUGCUGAUUGGAUGGCCGACGACGGAUGAAGGAUACAAUUGAGUGCAAGUCGAUAAUGUUGCCAAAUAAGUGAAUGAGAAAAAGAGAAAAAAAAUAAACGAAAAAUGAUAAACCAUACACGAGAAUACAAGAGAGCCCUGUCUAAAAGAGGUCUGGUGAUACGAGUGUGCCUGAAAAAAGUAAAAAAAAAAAUAGAAAAAUUGCAGAGACUAAUAAGUGAGACAUUAAUAAAUAAUUAACUGCUGAUUAGACUGUGUACUUAUCACCGUCAAUGCAGAAUCGUCGGCGCGUGAGCUGGGUUUAUGCGUGUGAUCACCUCAGAGCCGAAUGAGUGCGACUGAGUUCUGUGUGAUAUCGAUUAUCUGAUUUUUCUCUUUAGCAUAUGCGAUUUUGACGAACUUUACUUUUUUUUUUCUCUUUUCACAUCAUUUUAGUGGUGGAGUGAUAGAAUGAGCUUGGUUUUUGGGAUGUCUUGGAAUCUGAGGGGGAUAAAGAUUUAAAAACUCUUGAGUAAUUUUUUGUGGAGAAAAAUUAUCGAAAAAAGUUCGUUUGAAAAUUCAUUAAUUUUUAUUUAAUUUAGAGAUAACAAUUUUUUAUGGAUCAAAAUUUUUAUAAUUCUCAGUUUCCCCACGAAGAAAGCCGACAAGAGAAUUGUCUCCUUGAGAGUCGAGGAUAUUCAGCAAAGCGUAUGUUUUACCACUGCUCUACAGAUUUUUUCUUUUCAUUGAUCAAAGGAAACAAUUGAAUUGUUCGAUUCUAAAUGAUUUUUAGUUUGAAAUAAUAGUUUUCUUUUCUUCAUCGAAAUUCCUGCGCGGCUGGCGGCGAAUGAAGUGUGAUUGAACUACUGAAAAAAAUAGGGAUAAACCAUUUUUUUGAAUACAAGAUGAAGAUAAAAUGUGAUGAUUAUUGUAUGUUAGAUGUUGUAAGGGAAUUUAUGAAUGCAUGAUACUAGUUUAUAUGCUAAGAGACAUGAAUGAAUGAUUGUAUGAAAGACUAUUGGUUGAAUAAAGUUGUAAAUGAGAAAUACAAAA